CGCGAUGACGCGUGAGACAGACGCGCGCCAUAUAAAAGCCUAGUUUCUGACGUCAGCGGCCUCUUCCCUGCCUCAACCAUCGAGUUGUGGGCAGUGUUAAAAAUCCUGUCUGCUUUUCUCACCUAGAGAAUCCAAAACCAUCCGUCACAAUGGUGAACUUUACCGUAGACCAGAUCCGUACCAUCAUGGACAAAAAGGCAAACAUCCGUAAUAUGUCUGUGAUUGCGCACGUCGAUCAUGGAAAGUCUACCCUGACAGACUCUCUGGUGUCAAAGGCUGGAAUUAUUGCCUCAUCUCGUGCUGGUGAGACCCGUUUCACAGACACCCGCAAGGACGAACAGGAACGUUGCAUUACCAUCAAGUCUACAGCAAUUUCCCUGUACUAUGAGCUGACUGAAAAUGAUCAGGCCUUCAUUAAGCAAGGCAGGGAUGGCGCUGGCUUUUUGAUCAACUUGAUUGAUUCACCAGGACACGUUGACUUCUCAUCUGAGGUGACUGCUGCUCUCAGAGUGACUGAUGGAGCCUUGGUGGUUGUGGACUGUGUGUCUGGUGUUUGUGUACAAACGGAGACCGUCCUCCGUCAGGCAAUUUGCGAGCGUAUCAAGCCAGUCCUGAUGAUGAACAAAAUGGAUCGUGCCUUGUUGGAGUUGCAGAUCCAGCCUGAGGACCUUUACCAAACCUUUCAGCGCAUUAUUGAGAACAUCAAUGUCAUCAUUUGCACAUAUGAAGAACAAGAUUCCCCUAUGGGUUCUAUCAUGGUUGAUCCAAUUUGUGGUACUGUUGGCUUUGGUUCUGGUCUCCAUGGCUGGGCUUUCACACUCAAACAAUUUGCAGAGUUGUAUGCAGCAAAGUUUGCUGCAAAAGGACAAGUCAAGUUGACACCUGCUGCACACUGCAAGAAAGUGGAAAGUGUAAUGAAGAAAAUGUGGGGUGAUAUGUUCUAUGAUGCAGAUACUGGAAAGUUCCUGAAGAAUUGUGAGGGAGCUGGUGGCAAAAUGUUGCCUCGCUCAUUUGUUGCUCUUAUCCUGGAUCCCAUCUACAAGGUCUUCACUGCUAUCAUGAAUUUCGAUAAGGAGGAAACUGACAAACUGAUCAAGAAACUUGAAAUCAAGCUGGAUUCUGAGGACAAAGAAAAGGAAGGAAAGCCUCUCCUCAAGGCUGUCAUGCGUCGCUGGUUGCCUGCUGGAGAGGCCCUUCUCCAAAUGAUUGCCAUCCACCUGCCCUCUCCAGUCACUGCCCAGAAGUACCGUUGUGAGAUGAUCUAUGAAGGACCUCCAGAUGAUGAGGCCGCACUGGGUAUCAAGAACUGUGACCCCAAAGGUCCACUGAUGAUGUACAUCUCCAAGAUGGUACCCACCAAUGAUAAGGGUCGCUUUUAUGCGUUUGGUCGUGUGUUCUCCGGCAUUGUUUCCACUGGCUUGAAAGUGCGCAUCAUGGGACCAAACUAUGUGCCUGGUAAAAAAGAGGACUUGUACAUGAAACCUAUUCAGAGGACUGUUCUGAUGAUGGGACGUUACACUGAGGCCAUUGAAGAUGUGCCCUGUGGUAACAUUGUGGGUCUGGUUGGUGUGGACCAGUACCUUGUCAAGACCGGCACAAUCACCACCUUUGAGCAGGCUCACAACAUGAAAGUGAUGAAGUUCAGUGUUAGCCCUGUGGUGAGAAUUGCUGUGGAGGCCAAGAACCCUGCUGACCUACCCAAACUGGUUGAGGGUCUGAAGCGUCUGUCCAAGUCAGAUCCCAUGGUGCAGUGUAUCAUCGAGGAGUCUGGUGAACAUAUCAUUGCUGGAGCUGGAGAGCUGCAUCUGGAAAUCUGUUUAAAAGAUCUAGAAGAAGACCAUGCUGGCAUUCCAAUUACUAAAUCUGACCCAGUGGUUUCCUACAGGGAAACAGUUUCAGCAGACUCGAGCGUUAUGUGUCUGUCAAAGUCUCCCAACAAGCACAAUCGUCUGUUCAUGAGGGCUCGUCCAUUUGAUGAGGGCCUGGCAGAAGACAUUGAAAAGGGUGAGGUUGUUCCUCGUCAAGACCUGAAGACCCGUGCUCGUUACCUGGCUGACAAAUACGAUUGGGAUGUUGGUGAGGCCCGAAAGAUCUGGUGCUUUGGCCCUGAUGGCACUGGCCCCAACUUAUUGGUAGAUGUUACCAAGGGAGUGCAGUACCUUAAUGAAAUCAAGGACAGCGUUGUUGCUGGCUUCCAAUGGGCAGCAAAGGAGGGUGUUCUUUGUGAGGAAAACAUGCGUGCCAUUCGCUUCGACAUCCAUGAUGUGGCCUUGCAUACCGAUGCUAUUCAUCGUGGUGGUGGUCAGAUUAUUCCCACAGCCCGCAGAGUUCUUUAUGCUUGUGAGCUCACAGCUGAGCCCAAACUCAUGGAGCCUGUGUAUUUGGUGGAAAUCCAGGUUCCACAAUGUGCAAUGGGUGGUAUCUAUGGUGUGUUGACCAGGAGACGUGGUCAUGUCAUUGAUGAGUUCCAGGUUCCGGGUACACCCAUGCAAAUCAUCAAGGCCCAUUUGCCUGUCAUGGAGUCUUUUGGUUUCACAGCUGACCUCCGUUCUGCAACCAGUGGCCAAGCCUUCCCACAGUGCGUGUUUGACCACUGGCAGGUCCUCCCUGGAAACCCAAUGGAGUUGACAUCAAAGCCUGGCAUAGUUGUUACCGAUACACGCAAACGUAAGGGGCUCAAAGAAGGAAUCCCAGCAUUGGACAACUACCUGGACAAAUUAUAAAAGCCUUGAAUCAUGUUCGAUCCCAUUCCUCCUUUCACACCAAGGUUACAGCUACACCAUGGGACUGUACAGAACAAAGUAACGAUGUUUGCCAAAAGGGUUAACCAUAACUAAUAAAUGACUACAAAAAUUGUAAACGAAUUAAAAUAAAGAAAAUAAAAACUU